GUAGAAAUGAAUUCGAAUUUCUAAACGCUCUCAUCACGUGUUUUUUCAUAUGAAAUAUAAAAAUCAUUAAUUAUAGUACAAAAACACUGUUUCAAGACUUUUAAAUGCGUUUCCCGAAAAUAAAACAAUGGAACUGAGCUAAUAAAACAAACUAGAACUCUAUACGAUGUCUAGUUAAAAAGUUUUUCUCCGCCCGAACGAACAGACAAAGUGAGAUAUUAAGCUACCUUUUAGAAACAAGUUACAAAAAUGCGCUAAAAAAUUAAAUAACUGUCAAGUGUUUUAAAAGACAGUUUCAGCAGACCUGAGUGUGUGAGCAAAAAAGUGAGAGAUAGUAAAUAUUUGUGAUCUUUGGCGAAUUUCUCACGAAAAUUGAGACUCAAAAAUAUGUAACUAGUCUCACAUAUUCACUGAUGAGAGUUCUAUUUAAUGAUAAAGUGUAAAUUUAAGUGUUUAUAAUAGCAAAAAAAAAAAUUCUAGUUAAAUAUUUAAAUGAAUUUUAAUAAGUCGUCUAUAUCAUUAGUUUACAGUCACUCGAAGAGACUAUUACAGCGGAAACUUAAUCGUAUAAUGGCAACUCAACAAUCAUAUGAAAGUAGUAAUUUAAUGCAAAACCAGUCCGAUAAAUGGUUUAAUAAAUACGAGCAUGUAAAUAAAAUAGAUGGAUUGUUUCAAGGUGUGUCAGAUCGGUUUCAAGGGAUCACCGUCGAUUCUAUUGUAGAAUGUUGUGGUGUUGCUGAAUCGUUUGAUAAUACACUUGCAAAAUCUCUCGAGCACUGGAUUGAACAGAAAAGGCGCGCAAUAUGGUUCAAAGUUUAUCGAGAGCAGUCAACGUGGAUACCAAGUUUGGUUAAGAAUGAUUUUAAGUUCCAUCAUGCUCGCGAGGAUUUCGUUAUGAUGUACAAGUGGCUUCCAGAAAACGAAGAAAUAACUGUGCCUCCUUUCGCACACACAAUGGUCGGUGUUGGUGCUCUUGUUAUUAAUGAUAAGAAUCAAGUGCUUGUUGUCAGCGAAAAAAAUGCACUUAUUCCAAACUCAUGGAAACUGCCAGGUGGUUAUUGUGAAAUGAAAGAGAAUCUAAUUGAGGCAGCGAUUCGCGAAGUUCAAGAAGAAACGAAUAUUCAGACCAAAUUUGAGAGUCUUGUGUCAGUUCUUGCAGUCCGUCACGCACACAGUGCUGCCUUUAAUUGCAGUGACCUCUACUUCAUAAUGAAGCUUAUUCCUUUGACCGAGGAAAUCACAAAAUGUGAACGAGAAAUCGCCAAAUGUUGCUGGAUGGAUGUAGAUGAAUAUUUAAAUCAUGACAGAGUUCAUGAAACAAAUAGAAGCUUUGUUGAUCAUUGGUUGAAGCUCAAAAAUAAAGGAUUGACAUUAGAUGUUGUGGAUAAGACACAUAAGCUCUUAAACCGUGAUUAUCAGAUAUUUUAUCCAAAAGAUGUAAAUGAGGAAUCAAAAAAAGAAAAUUGAGGAUUAUUAAAAUAAAGAAAAGCUAAAUUACAGCACCUAAUUGAAAAUUUAUGAUUAAAAAUGUAA